AUGUGUGCUGCGACAGCAGUUCCUUUCAUUGGCCACCUCUGGCUGCCCAGAUAUAUCAACGUACUCGAGACAGCAGGAGCGAUAUGCCACGCCGGAUUCUUUCUUGCUGGUGUCAUUACACUGGCAGUGAUGGCACAGACAAGCUCUACCGAAUACGUAUUUCGAACGUUGACCAAGGACGUCAGCGGGUGGGAGAACCCUACAGUAGCUUGGGGCAUAGGACUUAUCACUGUUACAUACCCACUGUGUGGUUUCGACAGUAUCAUUCACAUGUCUGAUGAAGUCAAGCAAACACGUACCCGGGUUCCGCGGUCUAUCAUUUUCUCCAUCGUGGUUGACGGCGUCAUGCAACUUAUUUAUAUGAUUACCGUUCUGUUCACCACUGGUGACGAAGAACGCGUUUCCGCCUCGCCUCUACCGAUCAUCGAGGUCUACUACCAGGCCACCGGAUCCAAAGCAGCCACGAACCUGUUCGUCUUCAUGCUAAUAUACAUCAUCUUUGUAUCUUUCUUCAACGUCUUCGCCUCGGUCUCGCGCCUCAUCUGGGCAUUCUCACGAGACGGGGGAUUGCCUUGCUCGUCUACGUUCGCAAAGGUUCAUCCAACAUUUAGAGUGCCGGUUAACGCACUAUAUCUCAGCGCUCUUUGUGUUUGCAUACUCGCUCUCAUCAACGUCGGUUCGAGCACGGCGUUCAAUGCUAUCAUCUCUCUCACCGCACUGGGCUUGUAUCUAUCGUACUUCCUUCCUAUCUUGUUCCUUUUGUGGCGCCGGCUGUCAAGUACGAAGCCAUUGCCAAUUCCAUGGGGUCCUUUUAGGUUGGGCACUGCAGGAGCAUUUGUCAACGCUGGUGCUUUGUGCUACAUCCUAUUCACCUUUAUCUGGAUGGCGCUGCCUACGAUUCUCCCUCUGGACAGGUUCAAUAUGAACUAUGCCGGUCCAAUUCUUGGUGCCGUUAUCCUGGGCGCUGCUUUAGACUGGCUCUGGAAUGAGAAAAGGAGAUUCACAGUGCCAGUCGCAGAUCAAAGUCUCCAGUGA